ACAUCACAAACAUUCAACACUCCCACUGCAAAUCAGACCAAAGAAACAGAGAUAUCUGGAAUAUCAUAGGUAACAAACACCCUUGUUCCACACAGGUCUCACCUUACCCCGCACUACCCCUCAGGCUCAAGAAGCAUACAAAUUAUUCCGAUACUACAAUAGCUUUGAAGGCUUAAUCCCACAAUGGUCAAGGUACUCCUGGUUCUGUACGAUGGAGGCAAGCAUGCCGAAGAUUUCCCCGAUCUCUUAGGCACUACCGAGAACGAGCUUGGAAUCCGCAAAUGGCUCGAGGAUGCCGGCCACACUCUCGUCACAACCUCCGACAAGGACGACCCCAACUCCAAGUUCGACCAGGAGCUCGUUGACGCUGAAGUCAUCAUUACCACCCCUUUCCACCCGGGCUACCUCACCAAGGAGCGUCUCCAAAACGCGAAGAAACUCAAGCUUGCCAUCACUGCCGGUAUUGGCUCUGACCACGUCGACCUCAAUGCCGCCAACGAAACCAACGGCGGUAUCACCGUCGCCGAGGUGACUGGCUCUAACGUUGUCUCCGUUGCUGAGCACGUUAUCAUGACCAUCCUCGUUCUCGUGCGCAACUUUGUACCCGCCCAUGAGCAGGUCGCAGCUGGUGACUGGAAUAUCGCUGCCGUUGCAAAGAAUGAGUACGACCUCGAGAACAAAGUCGUUGGCACAGUUGCUGUCGGCCGUAUUGGUCAGCGCGUCCUAAAGCGCCUCAAGGCAUUCGACUGCAAGGAACUUCUGUACUUCGACUACCAGCCUCUGUCUCCUGAAGUGGAGAAAGAGAUUGGGUGUCGUCGCGUGGAGAACUUGGAGGAGAUGCUUGCCCAAUGUGACGUCGUGACCAUCAACUGCCCAUUGCACGAGAAGACACGCGGGCUCUUCAACAAGGAGCUCAUCUCGAAGAUGAAGCCUGGCGCAUGGCUCGUGAACACCGCUCGUGGAGCUAUCGUCGUCAAGGAGGACGUGGCCGAGGCUCUCAAAUCUGGACACCUACGUGGCUAUGGUGGUGAUGUGUGGUUCCCACAGCCAGCGCCAAAGGACCACCCCUUGCGCUACGCACAGAACCCAUGGGGCGGGGGUAAUGCGAUGGUGCCACACAUGAGCGGCACCAGCAUCGACGCGCAGAAGCGGUAUGCGGAUGGCACGAAGGCUAUCCUAGACAGCUACCUUAGUGGCCGCGAGGAUUACAGGCCAGAGGAUCUCAUCGUGCACAAGGGAGAUUAUGCGACGAAGGCCUAUGGUGAUCGUGCUAAGAAAUAGUUGGGUAAACGAGUUACUAUGAGACCGUUUUAACGGCUUAAAUUUUGUGCUAUUACUUUUAUUAGCUAGUUUCUAACUAUGAUACUGCUUUUCUUA